CCCCCCAGUCCUACUACCUGCACGGAGAUUGUAGGUCAGUUGCAUAGCAACGAGUGUCACCCAGGAGCAAGGCCGUAUUCAAAGAUGGCGGAGAAGAAGUCUAGAUCGGCCAUUCGAAUAAAAUCUUCGGAGAGAGAAAGGAAGAAAUCUGCAGCGAAACGGGACUCGGCAACAAAUCGAAACAAAGGCCAAUCUGUUAGUGUUUUUGUUAUUUUCAUGUCUUUAUAUGUAGAUCUGGAUAGACAAUGCGUUGUUUUGUUUUGCAAAACUUUUCGACUUCAGCUGAUGCUUACAGUACUUUUAACUUUGUUGUGAUCAUCUUAUUGUAUUUCUCUCUGUACUGCGACUUCGUAUGAGUUCAGGAUUUCUAUUUGGUCUUUAUGGCAAAGUUAUACGGGAAGAGUUUUAAGGCGACAUUGUUCUAAAGAGGUCGUUAUCGUGACUUAGAUGUAGUGCAAAGAACGAUUUUCAACUUAACGUUUUAUGGAAGCAGCAUUUUGUUCAUGUUUUGAAUGUUGCAGUAAGAAUCCAGGUCUGAAGCGUCAUUUAAUGAAUUUAAAUUCAAAGUAAUCGUGCACUAUUUCUAUGUGAUUGUGCAUUAUUUCUGAAUAGAUGUCAAUUAAUUGUUUGAAAAGUAACGCGAGACCUUAAUUGAUCUCUUUGUGCUAGUGCUGGUGUUCAUCAGUAUGACUUGAGUUAAGUUUCGUGUUCUUCUUACUAAGGAGGAAGAGGAGAAAGAGUCACUAGCAUGGAAGGUCCUUUCAGAAGAACAGACACAGUCUCUGAAGGAACUUACUGUCCAUGAAUUGGAAGCGUAAGUCGAUUUCUAAUGAACCAAACUUAAAUUUAUUCACACUUCAAAGGACCUAGGGAGUUUGGUAAAUGUAGAUUAGGAAGUCAAUUUCCUAUAAAAUUUUCAUGCCUGACGGAUAGACCUGGAUUGCUUGUUCAUUAGUACAUUAACAAGAGAACAAACUUCGGUUUUGACAAAAAUGAAAAUAAGUUCUGAAAAUGGCACAAACAAAUUUGCAAACAUUUUGUGAAAUCAAACGAAUUUGUCCACUGUCAAUAGACUUUGCACCCCACUAUUUAAGAUAGUAACAAUUCGUUUAACUUCUGUAUGUACUGAUUGACAUAUAUUAUUCUGUUAUGACCUCAGGAAACUUGCAGAAGUGCUGUCCAUUGAAAAUUAUCACAUCUCUCUACCAGAGGCCUGUGUACUGGAUUACUAUGUUGCAGGGUUUUGGUAUCCUUUGUAAAAAGAAAAAUCACUUUUUACUAAAAUCGGAAUCAAAGACAAAAAUCAAAGUAGAUUUCUUCAGAAGGUGUGAAUAUCAAAAUGUAGGGAAAUUUUUAACAGAAACAUUAUUCAGUUAACCCUUUAACUCCCUGAAGUGAUAAAGUUGUAACUUCUCCCUAUAAUAUCCAUACAUUAUCCAAUAAACAGGUGAUAAGAAUACUCAAACUUAUCAGGUAGAAAUUGUUAUCUAUAUCUAACACCAAAUUCUUGUAAGUAAUUAACAAGGAAAUUUGAAGCAGCUGAAAGGGAGAAUUUGUAAACAGUUCUUGGGAGUUGAAGGAUUAAAUGAACCAACCUAUCAAAUGAUUGUGGUGUUUUUUUGUUUUUUUUCUGGUCUUGCCCACCUCAUUGCAUAGAGAUUAGAUGAGAGGUGAUCAUUUGUGAUAAAAAAGUUUAUUCAAUUUAUGAUGACAGACAGUAAGAUGAUUCUUCCCUAUAUUGUAAUUAAAAAUAAUUUGAUAAUUUGUAGUAUCAAUGUGCAACAAACUGAGGUUUUAGUUGAUAAGAGCAGUCCUUGCUUAGUUUUACCUUGACAAUGAUAUUAUGUAGGUUUGCAAAAGAACAGAAUUUCACCCUUCAGCAAAUAUCUGCAUUUUUCACUCUUUUGAAGGAAAUGCUAGACAAUAUUAAAGGUAAUAAUUGCAUAUUAUUGAUAGUAAUGGAUGCCCUUGGCAGCAAUUCAACCAGUUGUUUACUAGUUACUGUUGAGACAACUAUUUAAUUGUAGGACUUAACAAUUUUUUUUCCUCUCAGAAAAACAAUUUUCAUUGGUUGACAGUAUACAAAAGUUCAAGUCACUUCUGGCAGGGAUUGGAGUUGAAAAUUGUCCACUAAAUGGGGGCCUGGAAUGUUUUGAUGUAAAUCAGGCAAAGCUCAUAACUGAUUACUUUACUGAAAGGUAAAUUUUGCAUAUUACAUUUGAUUUCGUGGAGAUAAUGUGCUUCUGUUGAUGUGAGUGGAAACAAUUUUAGGCAAAACAAAGGAUCAUUAUAGAUUAUAUGGUAAUGAUUAUGAUGAAGAUUGCGAUGACAAAUAACCAAGGAUGGCACUCUAGGAAGACUUGGUCAUGGUGACUUGUAAGCUGUAAUAUUCAAUUUAAAGAAAAGAAACAUUAAAGUUUUGGGAAUCUAAAUCUAACAAGGAUAGAGCUUUUUUCGUCAAAUAUGUAUGAAAGGUAAAAGUAUAUGAGUUUAUCCUCUUUCAAGAUGUUUAAUCCAUUCAAGAAAAUUGAAUCCAAUAUAAUGAAGGGUUUUUUAUAAUAAAGCAAUCACACAGGAACUCCUAUUGACUUUCAGCUCUCAAUGUGAUUGGAUAAAACCAUAAUUGUUGAUCUUUUGCAGUUUGUUCCAGCAUUACAAGUUGUACCAGUUUCUUAUUACUCAGGAGCCACAAGAGGAAGUCGUCAUAACUGAGGUUUGUACUUUAGUAUUACUGCAUUAUUCUUAGGGUUGUGUCCUUGUGUACCGGUACACAAAGGAACGAAACAUUAACGAACUGCGUCACAACUCCAUGUAUGGAUAUGAAAACAAUAAGAAUUCCCCCCUGUACCGGUACACCAGGACAGCCCCAUUCUUAGGUUUAAAAUUGUUUUGUUAAAGUACAGUGCAUGUACAUUUUCAAUCACUUCUCUAGAAUUAAGGAAAAAAAUUAAGUGGCAAUCCCUUAUUUUUUGCACAGUUGGAAGUUGAAGUUCCUCCACUGGCUAGCAUUCCAUUUCCACCUCCAUUAGAUGAAGGCAUGACUGAGGAAAUGUGGAGGGAACAUGUGAUGACACCACCACAGUCACCCCAACCAGAAGAACAGACAGAAGUAAGCAUUGCCCUAGCAUUAACAGAAUUGAUAUAAAUAUAUAAACUGGGCAAAUUAGACCAGCUUUUGAUCAGUUUAAUUUUGCAUUUAAUGAAGGGUGACUUCAAAUGAAUUUGUUCAUUGCCCUCUGUUUUUUUUUAGACUGUUCACUUUGUGAAACAAAUUGGACAUUAAGCAGGAACAUAGAGUAGAGUUCAAGGUCUAAUGAGAGAGGAAAAUAAGUAUAUUUGGGUUUUGUUUGCCUCCCCUUUGUUGGCACCCUUGUACCUCACACUUGCAGUUCUUUUCAUCAACUUUUCUACUAUGGAAAUGACUGUGUUACUCAAUUUCAAAAUGAUAUAGCACUGAAAAGACAUUCUUUGUGAGUCGAUUUUUACAUUUCAUUAUUAUGAUAACCAUGCACAUCUAUGAGGUCACAAAAAUUGACAAAUUUCAACAGAUUAGGCUCAUUAGACUAGAUUUCAAAAGCUAUUUUGAUGUUGGCUACCUAAUCUUACCUGUGUGUUUGUAGGGAGAAAAGGAACAAUCAGGAGAAGAAGGUAGAUGUAAUUUCUUGUUCUUGGAAACUGCACAUUACACCUCGUCACUCUGGUAUACUCUUAAAGUCCUUAAAGAAUACUGUUUGAGCUAAUGUAGCCUUUCUUAAGGAAAAAAAUACUUAUUUUUAUCACAAUUUUUAUUUCUUUCAUUUUUCUUUAGUUACAGUCCUGUUGUAAUACUUCCAUGUCAUGUUUAAUUAGUUUCUGUUUGAAUUGUUUGUAGCUCAUUCAGAUAAUGUCGCCCACUCCAAGGAUCAAACUGCACAGAACAUUUUAUCAUCCAUAGAACCCACCCAGGUCAAGAAUAUUGUGAAGAAAGUAGCUGAUGAAGUGUUGGGAAAUUUUCAGGUGGUUAUUAUAGCUGAGCCUUGUUGA